AUGACCGUGCCCUCACUAUCCGUAACGACGUCUCUACCGACCAUCACUUCAGCUUUAUGCGAAACCACAAUAUCUGUUGGCGGCGUGCUGUCCUUCGGGCCAGGUCUCCCCCUGACCACGUUGACGCACGCCGCCGUGCUUGAGACGCCAUGCGCCCCAGGCCAAACACCGACCGCGACGCCGAUUCCGGUUCACAUUUCUCAGAGCAACCAGAUCGAAGCCGAUGCCUCGGGCGGCCCUCAAUACUCCGACUUUCGUGACCCCUUUUACGCGUCGACAUUCCCCGUCUGCUACGCCCUCGCCGCGACCACUGUCACAGCCUACAUGCUCGUCAUUAUGCUUUUCGUUACCCCACGCUCCUUUCUCGACGGUGGUAUCGUGUACCUGGGUCGGCGCGGCUUUACGGGACCCUCUUCAGGCGGCAUCACCAUUGGUGGCCGCCCGUGGCUACAAAAAGCCGCGGCCAUGACCGUGGCCAUCUCUCUCACCAUAGCGACUGCCGAUACCUUCCGGGUGGCCGAGGAACAGUACUCUUGGGGCGUCCAGAACGCCGACAAGUUGCAGGUCGAAGUCCUGGACAGUACCGAACUGAAAGCCAUACGCUUGGUCUCUGACACGUUUCUUUGGCUGGCGCAAGCCCAGACAUUAAUUCGCCUCUUUCCACGCCAGAGGGCAAAGGUUAUCAUCAAAUGGACCGCCUUCGCCCUCAUCACGCUGCAGGUAAUCUUCAGCGCUCUCAACAGUUUCUACUACACCACCAGCGGUAGCCAGGGAAACGCGCGACCCCAGAGCUUCGUCCAUGCCGUACCCACUCUAAGCUACCUUUUCCACCUGUCUCUUGGCCUGCUCUACGCGGCUUGGGUCAUAUACUACGCGCUCAUGAAGAAGCGCUACGCGUUCUACCACCCGCUCAUGAAGAACAUGGUCCUCGUUUCGGUUCUUUCCCUCUUCUCCAUCCUUGUACCUGUCGUAUUCUUCGUCUUGGACAUAUCGCGGCCCGAGUUCAUCGGCUGGGGAGACUACGUUCGGUGGGUUGGGGCGGCCGCCGCGAGUGUCGUCGUCUGGGAAUGGGUGGAAAGGAUAGAGGCUUUGGAGAGGGAGGAAAAGAAGGAUGGCAUUCUUGGGCGCGAAAUCUUUGACGGAGACGAGAUGAUGGACCCGCCGCCUUCCGAAUUUUCUUGGUUGAGACGCAGGAUCAACGGAAAACGGACAAACAGCGGUGGUCCCAGGGACCAUGGGGGCGGACGGGGCGACGACAACGGCGGCGACGAUGCAAACAGCGGGCGGAUGCAGCUGCGCUGGACCCGGAAUCUCAGAGACCAGCGGCGAGGAGUGCACAUGGCGCCCGGGCAGACACAAACGUGGUCCCGGGACAGGUACGGCGGGACCAGAGGCCGGUGGGAUUUCCGGACCAGGCUCGAAGAAUUCGCUGCCACGCAGGCCGAGAAGAUACGAGAGAAGUUGCAACCCACUCCCGAGACGGACAGCCUACCGGUGACGGUCGUCCCGGCUCCUCCCCGGCAAGGAGCCGCUCUGGCGCAAUUGCUAGAGGAAGAGAGGGCUGGCAGCAGCAUACAGCCGCAGCCGCAGCCACCACAGCAUUCACAACCGCUGGCGCGAAGUGCUAGCGCAAGCGCAGCCUCAGCGUUUCCAAACUUCGACGGGCUCGGGGCGGGGACGGUGGCGACGCCCGACCUAGGCUGGACUACAAGUGGCUUUUCGGCGAGGUCGCCGGGGCCCAGCCAGCCAGUCGAGACGACGGGCGGUGCGAAUCCGAACCGGCCGCCGCUAUGGCCCGGGGUUCGGGUGCAGUACGACCUUGACGACGUGGGUGGGGGGGCUCAGUCUCCAACGCUGCAUUCCAGGCGAGCGGCCGGGCAGGAAGCCAGAAGGCCUUUGACUCCGUAA